AUGUUGCACUUAUCUGCGAUGUUAGCACUCCUACUAAUUUGUUGCAACCUCAUUGCGGACAAUCUAAUCACAACAUUCGCUUCGACACAAACUGGAAAAGCUGCUGCGGUCACUACCAUUUUAGCGCCGACUAAUGAACACCACGGACCACAUACUUGGUUAAGGCGGCAGCGAAGGUAUUUGUUGUUCGAGCAAGGCUCCUCAGUGGGGGUGCAACUAAAUAUUGCUAAAGCUAUAUUGGCAGAGAUGCCGCGAGGCUUGAAUGAAAUCUACGAAUAUACAUACAACUAUGAAUUGCCAACAACGCUGGAUAUGCUAAGGCCACAUCCGAGGAAGGCACAUCAGCCGAAGGAGCAGAGCAAUCCUGGAGCAAAGUCAAAACAAAUCACUACAAUAACUACAGUAACCACACCUAAAAUGCUCUCAUCGAAUUUAGUAACAUUGAACGGAAACGACAACAACAGCAACAAUCCCCGUUGGUUACCCCAAUGGCAUGCAACUCCCCAUUGGCCUUCAGCAGAAGAAAGUGUGGCACCUUGGUGGCAAAUGCCAGUGCGACGGCAAUGGUUAACAGCACAGCAGCAGCAACAACACAAAAACUCACUUCAAGCAGUGGAAAAACAGCAAUGGUUUGCUCCCACGCCUCCAAUGUUGUCAAGGAAAUUUGCAAAAAUGCCAGCUGCUGCUCAUCCUGGGCUGUCUGCGACGAUGGCACAGCCGUCUUCUUGCACCAGACGAAAUGUGUAUGGCAGUUGGCGUCACAGUUUGCAACAUUCGUGCUUGGCUAGUCGAGAAAUGCUUGGGCGUGGUCGUGGUCGAAAACGUAGCAGCGGUGGCAGCAGUGACAGCAGUGGUAGCAAUGAAAACUAUGACGGUGUUAGUGCUGCUGAGAGCAAAAAAAUUGAUGAUGCUGACCAUCGAAUUGAUGAGGACGUUGAUGAAUUCCGUUUUGCAAAAAAUGCUGAACGCGUUUUCUUCGAUUUGCUAGGCAAAUGGGCCAACAUCAAUAAUUAUCCGCCUCGUCACUGUAUAAUGCGUACGCUCUGUGAAUCUCGCCAUUUGCUCGCUACACCUGGCCAUUCGCUCUUUCAAGAUUUGUUGCGAAUUCUCAUUGAUGCUGCAUUGCCGGCCGCACAUCGGCAUGCCACAUAUAAAACAGCGAUUUGGCAUGACAAUUUAAGCGACUGCGCCCAACACUAUGCAACGCUCUGUGGCUUAAGUUUUCUGCAACAUUUCACCGAAGCUGUGCAUGGGCGAUUUAUGUAACCAAGCUGCGAGAGAGAAGUGCGUAUAAGCACGCAUCCACGCACACACAUGCAGCAAUCAAAUUACAAAUGCACACACAUGCAUGCGCGCUAUGUGUAAUAAAUGAAUACAAGAAGUACGUGCAACGGCUGAAUAAAUCAUAGUGACACAAUC